AUGAAAGGCCAUGCGAGUAAAUCGUUUAAACCGAACGAAGUCAACAGAUCGACAACUCCGUCCGGAUCAGUUUCUUUUUUUAUCCCACAAGAGAGGCAAAGGUCUGCUGCAUACAGAUCAAUCAUGGGAGCGAAGAGCGAAGGGGCGCUUAACGAGACCAAAACUAGAGAAGAGAUAACGCGAGAGAAAUUGGCAACUGACAGUUCACCUGAUACGUCCGAGUUUGAAACCGCUUCAGAGAUUUCUAAUCCAGAACCGUGCACAUCAGGAGUGCAAAAGCUAAAUGACGGAACCUCAAUAACUGAGAUAAAAGCCGAUGAUGUGACACCUCUUUCUCCAAGUUUAAGCCGAGAAUUUCCAACAAACGUUGAAACCGAAGUCAAUGUAAAGAAUAAUGAUCCAUCGACAUUAGAAAAUCCUCCCACAAGCCCCAUUGAAGACUCAGAACUGCCGAAAUCGUACACUGAUUAUGAAGACGAUUUCGAGAGCUGUAGCGACUCGGACGACGAGGUUCAGGCAAAUCCUCGUACACCUGCGUGUUGGGGAGUUCUGAGUCGAAGCAAUGUUAUGUGCUAUGAUGAAUGGAGACAAAGGUGCGACCACGCAAACCGAUAUUACGGAUGUGGGCCACAGCUUGGGGAAUACGAAGUCGAUUAUUCGCUUCGUAUACACAGAAUGAAAUGCCAAUAUUUCUCAGCGUUUUAUCCACUGUUGGAAAAACGACUGAAAUUCGUCGGGGGAGCGUUUUCGAACACUUGCUCUCCCAUCCAGGAAGACGAUUUUCCCGAAGAGGACGAAGAUGAGGACAAGGAUUCAACAAAGUCCUCCAGUCCUCUUCCCAUCUCUCCCCCACUGCUGCCUCCCAAGCGCAAAAAGCUCCGGAAAAUUACCCCACAGCGCAAAGCCACAUCAGAUCCGGGUCCAUACAUCGAGUCAGACGAGAGUGACACCGACAGUUACGACUUCUCUCUCGUUGCACAGAAAGCCACCACCCCUCCACCGUCACCAUCUCCCCACUUCGUUUUCCUUCCGCGUCGCUGCGGCAAAGUCAGCCCCAUGCCACACUGCAGCAAAACUGAAGUCAUCGUCGUGGUAACGUCUUCUUAUGAAGACGAUGAUCACGAUGACCACGAUGACGCACAAAACAAUGGAUGCGGAUGCUGCCAUCUUUUACGAAAGAUGGGCAAGAGGAUCAAAAAACUAUUUAAAUGACUUUAUUUUACCUAUAUACUGUAUACUAUAUUGCGCUUUUAUAAAGGGGCGUUUACAUUGCAUAGCACGAAGUGCAAUAUUAAUUGUAGAGUAAUCUAAGCGCCCCUUUAAAUGUCUAACUUAUAAAAAUUUAUAAAAAUAAAAACUAUCCCUAUC